AUGGAUCACCCUGUCGUUCACGUAUCGUGGAACGAUGCCACUGCUUAUUGCGAAUGGUUAGGAAAAAGAUUACCUACGGAAGCCGAAUGGGAAGUUGCAUGUCGAGGAGGACUGUCGGAUAAACUAUAUCCAUGGGGAAAUAAAUUUACUCCGAACGGUCAACAUAGAGCGAAUACGUGGCAAGGUGAUUUCCCAAAUAAUAAUACUAAGGAAGAUGGAUACGAAAGUACAUCGCCCAUUGCAGAAUUCCCGCCAAAUAAUUACGGGUUACGUAAUAUGAUAGGGAAUGUUUGGGAAUGGACAUUUGAUUGGUGGACAAUCGAAACCAGAGCACGUGGCGGACCUAAUAAUCCUAACGGUCCACCUCACAGUACAGACAAAGUAAAGAAAGGCGGUUCUUAUCUUUGUCACAAGAGUUACUGUUUUCGAUAUAGAUGCGCUGCUCGAAGCCAAAAUACUCCAGAUACGACAGCUGGAAAUCUUGGCUUUAGAUGUGCAUUAAAAGCUUAA